AUGGAGGGGGUUCCUAACCCUUUACGCAUUGGCUCUCCAGCAGUGGAGAGGAAUUAUUCGAAUGAGAGUUUCCCCUCACCACUCCGAGUCGGGUCGCCUCUCGUGGAACGCCCUGGGUCGCAGCAAUUCACCCGACCACCCCUCUCGCACCGCUCCACCUCCGACCGACUCUCACAGCUCUUCCCGUCCCGACCGGCCUCUGUUGCAUCUAUCAAUACCGACCAUGACUCCUCGAGACGAACAUCCUACCCCUCACCCCUCACGCCCGCUGCUGAGCCAUCUUAUCGAAUACCACGCGCACCAGCCCCACCCACAUUGUAUGGCAGUUCUGCCUCCGAUCCCUUCGAUACACAUCACUCACCGCCCGAGUUGAAAUCAGGAGGAACUCAUCGAUUGUUAAAUAGGCUCAGCUCGCUUCGAACUGCACGAACGAACAGACAAUACGGCGUGUUGGAAGACCAGGAUGAUGUCGAAAGGUCGCGGGGACUCAAAGGUGUGGACGAGGAGGAAGAGCCCCUUGGGUUUGAUAUAAGCGGGCUAUCCGGGUCGCCAAUCGCUAUGAGAAGCAUGGAUAGCGGCAGCAAGAAAAUGAAAAGUACAGCAGACUCUAUCGACGCCGAACAGGAGUUAUUACAGGCAGGCUUUGCUGCCGAAUACGAUCGACUAGAAGCCCAGCCUAAAUCCAGCAACGCAAUUUUGGGAUUAGGAAUGGGCUCGGUCGUAGAGGCACCAUUUGUCCAUCACCCAGGACCAGUGCAUCAGCAUCGUCGCGGACCGUCAAAUGUAGACUCAUCCCGCGAGGACGCCCAGAAAGCUGCAGAGAAGACCGGAGAAAUCUUGGCUGUCGCAGAAGUCCCACUCAUGGACAUCAGCAAUUUGGGAGGCGCUGAAUAUGAGACCCGAAGUGUGAUGAAUGCAGGUAUGGGGGAGGGUGAUGCUCCGCAAAAAACUAGCUAUUAUUUCCCUCCAGACCCCGAUAUGCCUUCUUGGAGGCCAAUGUCGAUGCACUGGCCGUACAUAUCGCUUCUAAUUGUCAUUGCCCUUGGUCUUGCCGGCUUGCAGGAGUUCCUGUGCCAGCUGUCGAUACGAAGAUCCAAGGACGGCAAGGGCUUGAUACAGUUCAAAGCCCCUAAUGAGCUCAGCAUAACAGCAUACUUUACUUGGAAGUAUGCUCCAGUCCUGACGUUAGUCACCUACGGUAUCCUAUGGCAAAUUUCCGACUUUGAGGUCAAACGACUGGAGCCUUACUAUCAGCUCUCUAAGAAGACCGGUGCAACAGCUGCAGAGUCUGUAAACAUGGACUACCUUACGUUUAUGUCAUGGCUAGUCCCCUUCAGAGCUUUGAAAUACCGACAGUAUGCCGUCAUUUACUCUUCGUUGGCUACCUUGGUUUCAGGCAGUCUUGUCCCCGUCCUGCAGUCCGCGUCCAUCAACAUGUAUCCACCCAAGAAGGAGCGGAAAGAAGACCAACUAAAGUUCGUCCGGAUAGUGCCCAUUUGGUCACGCCUAGUGACAGCAAGUUUGUGCUGUGUCGCCAUUUUUGGAGUCGUCCUGCUUUUCCAACUACGCCGUAAGAGCGGGCUUCAGUCUGAUCCUAAGGGUAUUGCUGGUGUCGCAGCCAUGGCAACCCGAAGCCAUAUCCUCAACGACUUCCAUGGUCUGGAUACUGCGCCUUUGCAUUUGAUCCAUAAGCAGCUCCGACACAGGCGAUACAUUCUACACAAAAGCUCCCUAUGGCAGGGAGAGUAUAUCCGCAACAUCAAAGAAAACGUGCGGGAGCACGACACGGACAGCCGACCGCUUAUGCUAAGGAAACGAGCCGGCAUCCCUUACAUCUGUUUCCUGGUAUUAUUCUUCGGUGCAAUCCCAGUGUUCAUGUUUGUGGAUGCGGCCAAUAAUGUUACUGAGAAAAUUCCAUUCCUGCUCACGGCCAUUGCAACGGCUGUUAAACUGCUUUGGGGCACUCUCGACUGCGACGUGCGUAUGCUGGAACCCUUUUAUAUCCUCUCACGCCGACGUGCACCACCGCGAACACUCACCCUCGACUACACCGGGACCAUGCCCGGAUGGCUUCCCAUCAAAGCCCUCAUGAGCCGGCAUUACGUCGUCUCGAUGGUUGGCUUCGGCGCCAUCUUGACAGAAGUCCUGACCGUCUGCGUCUCCUCCUUCUCCGUCGAUGGCAAGAAGUUCUUCCCUGGCCACGGCCACAGCUCGGGCAAGAACAAACUAGACGACUCCGACGACCGCUACAACUCCGACGAGACCUUCAAAUCGUUCUGGGUCUCCUUCUCCCUCGUCCUCGGCAUUCUCCUCACUCUGGUCAUCAUCGCCUGCAUCAUCUACUUCCGCCGCUCGCAAAAGUUCAUCCCGCGCCAGAUCGGUACCAUGGCCUCCGUGCUCGCUUUCAUCCACCAGUCCAAGAUGCUGGUCAGUUUUGUCGAUACGGAGAAGAUGGACAGCAAGCAGAUGACAGAUUAUCUGGAGAGUUUACCGAAGACGUAUGCGCUGGGGUGGUUCAGUGGGCGCGACGGGGAGGACCAUUGUGGGAUUGAUGAGGAGCCGAUCCUGGCACCGUAUAAGUAUGGUGUGGAUUGGACGAAGACAAGGGUGUUGGGGAGUCAUAUUGGGACUUGGGAGAAUUAUUAGCGUUGUAGAUUUCUACGUUGGUUUAUCUACUUGGGUCUACAUGGGGUAAAUGGCGUUCAAGAGCAUUUCUGGAGUUCAUAUCAUGGAGAUUAAAACUAUUUGAGCGGAGGAAGCCGUCUAUAUCCAUGACGUAUUAACAUAUUCGAGCCAUAUUUAUAAGGAUAUCAUCUUUCUGUCUUCAUCUCUUUCUCCAUUUUGGCCCCUACCACCACCCUGUUCACGCACAGCUCGCGUUGCUAUCAUCCAUGCUAGCUUAGCGAACCG